AUGUUACGUUGCUCCGCUGAGCUAAUCGUAGCGCGCGUGGGAACUGUUCGACUCGUGCGCCGCGCGCCAACCAACUGCACUGUUCCAAAACAAAACUCAAGCAGCGGUAAUUCCGAGUGUCCGCGCGGACCGUAUUCUUUUCUCUUUCGCGCUCACGAUUUCGCUGUGUCUAUGUCGCACUUAGCGGCUAAUGUGCACCGGAUCGGAAUGAACUUGCCCCAUUCAUCGCAGCUUGUCUGGCCGACGAUGACAAUAGACAAUGCGGUGGUUGCCCAUUGUCUCCUAGGUCGCCGGCUCGCGGAAACUACAUUUUAUGACCUAUUUGCAAAAGUCCGGGAACUACGCGCCACUGCAGGAAACUUAGUUCCUUUUCUUGACAACAUUUAA